GUGUUCACGUUUGCUAGCGCUCAGAUGGAGCAGCUCUGGCAACAGAAGAAGCAGGUUAUAUUAUUGAUUACCUGCUGCAGCACACAGUUGCACCAAGAUUCAUUUUUACAAGCACAGAUGAAACAGAAGAGGCUCUACUGAGCACUGCUAUUAUUAUUCAUAUUGCUUUCUCAAGACUUCAUUAAAAAAAGAACUGGAUACACAUGCUGAAUUUAAUUUGUGAAAGGUGGAGUAAGAGCCUGGGCACCUGACUAGCAUCAGUGCUGAGUGCCUGAAACUGGAUGGUGCUACAGCCUCAGCUUAGGAAGUAAUGCAGCAGCUUUUCCUAUGAAGAGGGAGUUCAGCAAUGGAAGAUUUUGAAGGAGAAAGGCCUAUAUGAGGAUGUGGAUUUAACUGAUAUUAUGAUAUACAAAAUCCCUCCCCACAUAAGGAAAAGAGCCCUCUCAUGGUAAUGUUAGAGGAAUAGCAAUUGGAUACAACCUGCUGCACUCUGCUACGCUGUGAGACAAACAUCAUUAAAGCCAAGCAGCCAGGAGAGAAGGGCUCUUCAUGAGAAAAUGACAGCAAGAGAACACAGCCCCCGCCAUGGGGCCAAGUCCCGCACCGUGCAGAGGGCCUCCACCAUUGAUGUCACCUCUGACAUGGUUGGCCUUUCUCUGACAGGAAACAUUCAGGAUCCAGAUGAGCCAAUUUUAGAGUUCAGUUUAGCUUGCAGUGAGCUGCUAACUCCAUCGCUAGAUCGAAAACCAAAUAGUUUUGUAGCAGUGAGUGUAACUACGCCUCCCCAGGCAUUCUGGACGAAGCAUGCACAGACUGAAAUUAUUGAGGGAACAAGUAAUCCUAUCUUUCUAAGCAGCAUUGCCUUUUUCCAAGACUCUCUUAUCAAUCAAAUGACACAAAUCAAACUCUCCGUGUAUGACGUCAAAGAUAGAUCUCAGGGAACAAUGUAUUUGUUGGGUUCUGGGACAUUCACUGUAAAGGAUCUUCUUCAGGAGAAGUACCACAGGUUGCACAUAACACUAAGGUCCUCCUCCAAAAAAAUCUCAACGCAGAGUAUUUGUUGCAGGUCGGCUGAAAGUGACCGUGUUGGUAACAUCACAGUUAUUGGAUGGCAGAUGGAGGAAAAAUCUGACCAAAGGCCUCCAGUGACAAGGUCACCUGAUACCAUUAAUGGAAGGACUGUGUUGCCAGUUGAUGAAAGUUUAACAGAAUCCUUAGGAAUCAGAUCCAAAUAUGCUUCAUUGCGGAAGGAUGCACUACUGAAAUCUGUGUUUGGUGGUGCCAUUUGCCGAAUGUAUCGUUUCCCAACCACCGAUGGAAACCACUUGAGAAUCUUGGAGCAGAUGGCAGAGAGCAUCCUGUCACUGCACAUCCCUAGACAAUUUGUGAAGCUGCUUCUAGAGGAAGAUGCAGCAAGGGUUUGUGAACUAGAAGAAUUGGGAGAACUGUCUCCUUGUUGGGAAAGCCUUCGUCGACAAAUAGUUACACAGUACCAAACAAUUAUUUUAACUUACCAGGAAAAUCUGACUGACCUGCACCAGUAUAAAGGUCCUUCAUUUAAAGCCAGUAGCUUGAAAGCUGAUAAAAAACUGGAGUUUGUUCCCACAAAUUUACAUAUACAGAGGAUGAGAGUCCAGGAUGAUGGAGGAUCAGAUCAGAACUAUGACAUAGUCACCAUAGGAGCACCAGCAGCUCAUUGUCAAGGCUUUAAAUCAGGUGGCUUGAGGAAAAAACUGCAUAAAUUUGAAGAGGCAAAGAAACACAGUUAUGAGGAGUGUUGCACUUCAACAGGUUCCCAGUCUAUAAUAUACAUCCCACAGGACAUCGUUAGAGCAAAGGAAAUUAUUGCACAAAUCAACACCCUGAAAACACAAGUCAGUUACUAUGCAGAAAGGCUCUCAAGAGCUGCCAAGGAUAGAUCAGCUAAUGGCCUUGAAAGAACACUUGCCAUCCUAGCAGAUAAGACCCGGCAACUUGUCACAGUUUGUGACUGCAAGCUGUUGGCAAAUUCAAUACAUGGACUGAAUGCUGCAAGGCCAGACUAUAUAGCUUCAAAAGCAUCUCCAACCUCUGGGGAAGGGGAACAAGUGAUGCUAAGGAAUGAUCAAGACACACUUGUGGCCAGAUGGACAGGAAGAAAUAGUCGAUCUUCUCUGCAGGUGGACUGGCACGAAGAAGAAUGGGAGAAAGUUUGGUUGAAUGUUGACAAAAGUCUGGAGUGUAUCAUACAGCGAGUGGACAAACUCCUGCAGAAGGAGCGCCUGCAGAGUGACAGCUGUGAGGACGUUUUCCAGUGUGAUGUCAGCAGUACCAGUAAGAAAGAUUGCAGCCCUACUCUGGAAGAAUCUGCCCCAGGUGAAUGGAGUGAAGCUCUUUAUCCCUUGCUGACCACACUCACUGACUGUGUAGCCAUGAUGAGCGACAAGGCCAAGAAAGCCAUGGUGUUUUUAUUAAUGCAGGACAGUGCCCCAACAAUAGGGCUCUGCCUGAGCCUUCAGUAUCGCAGGGAUGUUGUCUUCUGCCAGACUCUGACAGCUCUCAUUUGUGGUUUCAUUAUCAAACUGAGGAACUGCCUGCAUGAUGAUGGAUUUCUAAGACAACUCUACACCAUUGGCUUGCUGGCACAGUUUGAGAGCCUGCUGAGCACUUAUGGUGAGGAGCUGGCAAUGCUGGAAGAUAUGAGUUUGGGAAUCAUGGACUUGAGGAAUGUAACCUUUAAAGUAACUCAGGCUACAUCAAAUACAUCUACUGACAUGCUGCCAGUCAUCACUGGAAAUCGUGAUGGAUUUAACGUGAGGAUCCCUCUGCCAAGCGCCUUGUUUGAUUUGCUGCCACGUGAGAUUCAAAGUGGAAUGUUGCUGAGGGUUCAGCCUGUUCUUUUCAACGUGGGAAUCAAUGAGCAGCAAACCCUAGCAGAGAAGUUUGGAGACACCUCACUGCAAGAAAUAAUUAACAUGGAAAGCUUAGUGAGAUUGAAUUCAUAUUUUGAGCAGUUCAAGGAAGUUUUGCCUGAUGAUUGUCUACCUCGAUCUCGUAGUCAGACGUGCCUGCCUGAACUGUUAAGAUUUCUGGGACAAAAUGUUCAUGCAAGGAAAAACAAGAAUGUUGAUAUCCUUUGGCAAGCUGCUGAGAUAUGCCGCAGACUCAACGGGGUUCGGUUCACGAGCUGUAAGAGUGCCAAGGAUAGGACUGCCAUGUCCAUCACCCUGGAGCAGUGUUUGAUCCUACAGCAUGAACAUGGAAUGGCUCCACAGGUCUUCACUCAGGCUCUGGAGUGUAUGAGGAGUGAGGGUUGUCGCCGAGAAAAUACAAUGAAGAAUGUUGGAUGUCGCAAGUAUGCAUUUAAUUCCCUGCAACUGAAGGCUUUCCCAAAGUAUUACAGGCCUCCAGAAGGAACUUAUGGAAAAGUUGAAACAUAAGCAUACCAUGUCCUUUAAUUGCUGUUCCAUUAAAACAUGUGGAUACACUCUAGAUUAACACAUGAUUUUGUCAUCCAGAAGAGAUAAAUAACCUUUUUGUAUGUUUCAUUAGGUCAUACAGAGCAUGUUACUGAAUUGGAAUCUAUAGUAACAAUUAUUCUGACACCUUAGCUUGAGAAUAGUGUGAUGACUCUCAAUAGCCUUCAGUGUAUGUAAGAUGAGCAGAUACUGUGCUACUUAAUAAUUACCUAUAUGCAAAUAGCUAGGUACCUCCUGGAUGGGCAAGGACUCUAGGAACGGCAUUUAGGCAGCUGUUUCCAUAACAUCUUUUUAUACUGAGUUGAUUUCAGAUUGAGCUUUUCCUAAACUUUUUAAAACUGAGAGUAAAAUUCAAAAGUUGUAAAUAAAAAGGAUCCUAGACAGUUUAGUAACUGUAGAACGCAUUGUUACAAUCAAUAAAAGGGGGUUUGAUUAAAAAAAAAAAUCAGCACAAUAAGAGCCAGGAGAAAGAAUUGUUUUACUGUAUAUAGGAUGCCACCUUCAUGUAUGAAAUUAACAAUAUAUAAAAGGCCACUUGUAUAUAUAAACCAGACAUGUGAGGUCUGGUUUAUAAUUCAGUUCAAAUAAAAGAAAUUCCUGUCAUCUUUGGCCGAUAAGGCCUUGGGCACACUUUUUUUAAAAGUAUUUCAGAAACAUCAUGAUGCUUAACUAUUAAUGCCAGCAACAGUUCCCCAUGCCCUUCCCCACUCUAAGGCAAGUGCAACAAGCAAAUUGCUGAUGUUGCACAUGACAUGUUCAGUAUAUUCCAUGGUGUUGUACAUUAAUUAACACAUUUUUACCCAUGGGUUUUUUAUAUCACUUCUGGAUUGUAAGCCUCAGUAUCUCGGGGCGUUACGUUAUUUUGGUCAGCAUACGAUUUUCCUGUAUUGGUUUUGUAUGUCAUUACCAAAUGUCUCAAAGUGCCCAAUGCAUCCCCUUUGCUCCAAAAUCAAAAUUGGGUUCUGUUUACCUUUGCAUUUCACCUGUUGAGAGUCCUGGUGGGGGAAAGUGUGGCCGGUGUCAGGGUAUUUCUGAGGAAGGUAGCAAUGCCCUGUGUCGAUAGAGGGGAACUGCUCAGUGCUACUGCUCGUGCCUGAGAACCACAGGUGGGUUCUAGCUUAUGACAAAGGUGGUCAGUUGGAUAGCAUAUGAUAAAAAAUGUUCAACAGAUCUCCUCUGAAAUAAUCUCCCAAAGAAUGCCUUUGAAGCUAAGAUAGCAUUUUAAAAAGCAGCUAAAUGUUAAUUUCCAAAUUUUAACAGGAUCCAGUAAUCUCUAGCUAGUUUCAUUCAGCACACUGUCCUUUCCUUCUUGGUUCCUAAAAAUCUGAGUUUUAGAAUAGAAAAAAUCUGCCCAUUUUUUCUUGGGGGAGUAGCAACAGCCAGGUAAGUAUAUGGCUGUUUUCUGAUUUCUUUCUCCCUCUCACUGAUGUUUGUCUGUGCUGUCACUGCUCUAUCAAUCAGCCAUGUUCAUUCUGCUCCCAUAUAGGUUUGGGGGUUACAGGUCCAGCAGUUUUUGCAUUUUGCUUUUUGCAGUUUAACACUGAGCAGCAUGUCACAAAGCCAGGUCAGAGAGUUCUGCUGAACUAGGCUGUUACCAUUAUUUUAGACUCUUUAGGAUAACAAAACAUGGAAUUCUUUGCAAAAGCAAUGUAUUGUAGUACCUACCCCAGGUCUGAACAAAUCAUCUGCAGUAGAACGGUCACUCGGAAAUGUUGCAAACCUUGUUAGCCAAUUAAUGAGUGUUGAUUUUAUUUUUUUGCUAAUAUGUAAAGAAAUAUGUGAUGAAACAUUUUUCAGUGGGAUCUCUGUAGACAUGCUACUCCAUUAGUUCUGCUCAGCCUUCAGUCCCUGGCCCAUUAUGAAAUGCUACUUUAUUUUUGUAUGAACUAUGCUCUUUAUAUCCCUUAGUUUUUAUGAGUUCAUAAUUUUAUGAGUUGAUAAUUUUAUUUUGUCUAUUUCAAACGUUGUUUAUUUUAAGUCCUGUAUUGUUACACUAAAAAUCUCCCAAUGUUCAGCUUCAGAAGGAAAUAACAAAUGUCUCUUGUAACAAUUACCAGUGCCGCUCUCUUAGACGGUGGCCAACAAUCAUUAGACCUGCUGUAGAGCUUAGCAAUCCUUUAUUUAUUUUGUAUGGCAAUGGAAUCUGAAAAUGUUGCUGAAUUUUGUCUGGAGCCACAGCCCCGGAUGCCGCGGGGCUGUGCCAGGUGCUGAGCUGCCAGCGCGGUGUCCCCUGGACAUGGCACUGCCAGGAUGGACAUGGCACUGCUGGGAUGGACAUGGCACUGCCGGGAUGGAAUUGGCACUGCCAGGAUGGACAUGGCACUGCCGGGAUGGACAUGGCACUGCUGGGAUGGACAUGGCACUGCUGGGAUAGCCAUGGCACUGCCAGGAUGGGCACAGCUUGGGCUCCUGCCGAGGGCAGCGCCGACAGCGAGGGCUCGACCGGUGCUCCAGAGAAAACUGUGACACAUGAAGUCCACAUGGGACCCUCACAAGGGGGAAGAGAGCUUUUCUGUUGCACAGGAGAGGCAAAUCUAAGGAUUACUGUAAAAUGAAGUUCUGUCUAAUGUUCCUUUUUUGAGUACAUUUUUUAAAUUAUAAAACAUACAAAGGUAAAAGAAGAAAACUGUUGCCAAGUAUGUUCUGUGUAUGUUCUGUGAAAGUACCUACAGCACAGUUGCCUUUUUUUCAUUUAUACGUGUAAAAUUAUUGUAUUAUAUGACACAGUUUUGUCCCAACACGACUGUAUUUGCUAUGCUUUGUGCAUUGAAAUAUUUUUAUUUAUUUGGUUUUGGGCAGUAUUAAUAUAUCAUAAACAUAUGGCUACUGUUUUAUAUAUUCUAGUUCAUCCAAUCCAUGUAUGCUGUAAAUGUGCUAGUCUUUAGGAUGAAAACCAAUAAAGAACUGACAAGAAUAACAA